UUCAUUGACCCAAGGCAUCCCUUCAUAACCACACUAUUGCCUACUGGAGACUUCUGCAGAACAGAAGGGAACGGUCAGGAAGCAAAGAUGAUCUCCUUCAAGCAAAUGCCCCUUGAAGCAAAGGCUGCAGUGACUGCAGGAGUCGUUUUCUUCUCCAUGAUGCUAUCACGGAGUUAUCUGGCAGAAAAACUCGAUCUCAGGACACGGCGUUGGCUUCUAAGGCUGCAGAUGGCACUCUUUGCUAAUGCGCUCAUGUUGAUAGGAUCUCUUCAUGUUUGGAGAAGCACAGUCACCACAUUCUCCAGGUCUUCAGCUGCCAGCUCCUUCUGUUUCAUGCCAUGGAAAAUAGCUGUGUUCAUAUUUCUAACUUUGGCUCAUUCAAGCUUCUUUACGUUGCUAUUUCUUGUGGCGGAAGAGCCCUAUUUCUUUUCUUUAGCUGCCUACACUUGCCUGGGGGCCUAUAUCAUUCUUAUCUUCUUCCUCUUCACUCUAGGCUCUGUAGAGCAGGCUUACAAGUUCUUGACUGGGAGAGGCGCUAAGGCAGGCACUGGCAACAAGAACAGAACAGCAAUGAAACCAGUUUUGGCAGUCAUGCUGACUGUUGUGCUGACUGUUGUAGGGCUGUUAAAUGCUUCCCAGCCUCCUACUGUGAAUUCAGUGGAGGUUCCAGUUCACAAGCUGCCCUCAACAAUGAAUAAUCUGAAAGUGGUGUUGCUUUCAGAUAUCCAUCUGGGCCCUACAGUUGGGAAGACCAAGCUUGCCAUGAUUGUGAGAAUGGUUAAGGCUUUAAAACCAGAUGUCACCGUGAUUGUUGGGGACCUGACUGACUCUGAGGCAGAGAUCAUACGACCUGCUGUUGAGCCUCUUGGAGAGCUUAACUCCCCUUUGGGGACUUACUUUGUCACAGGAAACCAUGAGUACUACACAUCAGAUGUUAGCAACUGGUUUGAGCUGUUAAAAUCAUUUAACAUUCGGCCACUUCAUAAUGAGAAUGUGAAGAUUGUUUCACCGAAGAACACUGAUGACUGGUUCUGCCUGGCUGGCGUUGACGAUAUUGAAGCAGAUGUAUUACGCUACUCAGGACAUGGCAUGGAUUUAAAAAAAGCUCUCAGAGAUUGUAGCAGUGAGCAUGCAAUAGUGCUGUUAGCUCAUCAGCCGACCGCUGCAAAGUGGGCCCUUCAGGAGAGACCAGACAUAAAUUUAAUUCUCUCUGGCCAUACUCACGGAGGGCAGAUGUUCCCACUAAAUGCUGGAGCUUAUUUUCUGAAUCCAUUCUUUGUUGGCCUGUACAAAGUUGGGCAGAACACCUUUGUCUAUGUCAGCCCGGGGACGAUGUACUUUGGAAUACCUAUGAGGCUGGGCAGCAGAGCUGAAAUUACGGAGAUAAUUCUACGUUCUCCUUGA